UUUCUCAUAUCAUGUUUUAUUUUCGUGCAGCUCAAUUCAUUAAGCCAAGACGUGCCAUUGUUCAAAGACGAUUCUAUGAUACAGGAAAUAGCCCUGAUACUCCUCAGGGUAACAAUGCUCUUAUUGUAGGCGGCAUGCUUGCUCUUCUUGGCGCCACCUAUUUGUAUUCAAAGAGUGCAAAGGGAGACCCAAACAAAGUUCUUGGUGACAAGGCAACUGAGAAAGUAAAGGAUAAAACCGGCGGGGACAACGAUGCCAGCGGAAGUCUAUCGUACGAACUCAACAAAGGUGUCAGAAAUGCAACUGAUUUUAUGCGAAGUGGUCGCUCCAAUAAAGAAGAAAACCCUACGUCUGCAGGAGCUGCUACUACGGGCAGUGCUGAUCCCAAUAAGCAUCAAAGUCAAAUAGCUAGCAAGAGCACAGAUGAAGUCACCAAUGUCUCUGAAGAAAGCACUCCAAGAAAUGACAAGGUGUCGACUAUACCCGGUGCUAAAUAAGGAAAUAAAAAUAGAC